CUGUACCCGGUUUUGACAACUUCGGCCGUCGCGUGAGUUUGUUUUGAACAUUGCGUAAACAUUUUGCAGAUCUUGCGGAAAAAUCAAAGAAUUUUAGAUAAAUUAGUAAAAAAGAUUAGUGUUUAUCACCAUUAAAAAUGUUCCUGAGACCUCUGGAGAUGCUGUCCAACGUGCUGCGGGUGGCUUCCAAGCGAACCAUCCAUCAGAGCGCGGCUUUGCUCAAGGUGGAAGACCGCAAGGCCAUGCUCGCUUCGCUUCCCGGCAAGGACGAAGGAACGAUUGGCGAACGCGCUGUGGACAUCGAUUCCCUGAUUACCAAAAAAGAGCGUAUCUUUCCCGAUGCCAACACGCCGACCACCCUAUUUAACGGGAUACCCUUCAACGAGAUUCCGAUCUGUAACAUUAGGGUGUCGCCAAAUAACACCAUCAUCACGAUAUGCGACGCCAAGGGGACGCCCCAGUUCAUCCGCUCUUGCGGCAUCGAAGGGUUCAAGAAUACCCGCAAAGGAACGAACAUUGCCGCUCAAGCCACUGCCAUCAGUAUCUGCUCGAAAGCGAUCGAACGUGGGUACAAGCAAGUACGGGUUACGGUACGGGGGUUGGGUCCGGGACGAAUGUCUGCUAUCAAAGGUUUAGAAAUGGCCGGUAUGAAUAUCGUUUCAAUUACAGAUACGACUCCUGUGUCGUGGAACCCACCGCGGCCCCGGAAGCAACGCAAGCUGUAGAUAAGGUAUUGCGUAGUUUAUUUGUUACCUCGUUGCAGAAUACGCAUUCUAUUGUACAGAUGAAAAACUA